ACCCGGAAGUAGUUCCAGCAUGGCGGCUCCCAGUGUGUUCUGCCCGGGGCUCUUCAGGCACAAAGUGGCGAUUGUCACCGGGGGAGGAACCGGCAUCGGCAAAUCUAUAGCGGCCGAGCUGCUGGAACUAGGUUGCAGUGUGAUCAUCGCCUCCCGCAAUGGGGACCGUUUAAAAGAAGCUGCCAAAGAGCUUACAAUUAAAAUGUCCCCAUCAAAUCCCUCCGUACUGACACCACUUCAAUGUAAUGUCCGCAGAGAGGAAGAGGUGGAAUCCCUUGUAAAAUCUACGUUGGAUCUCUACGGGAGGAUUGAUUUCCUGGUAAACAAUGGCGGAGGUCAGUUCAGAAGUCCCAGCGAAGCAAUCAGUUCCAAAGGGUGGAAUGCGGUGAUAGAAACUAACCUCACAGGAACAUUUUAUUGCUGUAAAGCAGUGUAUAAUGCCUGGAUGAAGGAACAUGGAGGAUCCAUUGUAAAUAUCGUAAUGAACAUGUGGAAAGGGUUUCCUGACAUGGCGCAUUCAGGAGCAGCACGAGCGGCUGUGGAUAAUCUGACCAAAAGCUUAGCUAUUGAAUGGGCGCACAAUGGUGUUCGGAUCAACUCCAUCGCUCCUGGAACAAUCUUCUCGCAAACUGCUGUUGAAAAUUACAAAGACUACCGUCCUCACCUGUUUCAAAACUAUAUCUCAAAUAUUCCUGCUAAGAGGCUGGGGCUUCCCGAAGAGAUCUCACCCAUGGUAUGUUUUCUGCUCUCAUCCGCUGCCUCCUACAUCACUGGAGAGACGGUAAAAGUUGACGCUGGACAGAGCUUGUAUAAGGCACCUUGGGAAGUUCCAGAUCACACCAGAUGGCCUGAUCCACCCGAUGGGGAGAACGCUAAAGCUUUGCAAAACAUGUUGUCAGAUGUACCGCUGUCAAAACGGUAACAAGGAUUUUACGGAAUCGGAAAGUCACAGCACCACUUGGACUAACAUGAAUGCAUACAAAUUCUGGCCUUAUUGAAAUGAUAUAUUAUUAUUAUUGGCAUUUAUG